CAUCUCGCCCGAGAGAAGGGGGACGCUUUGUAUUGGAUGGAGGGAGCAGGUAGAAGGCAGAGGACCCGUUAGGACGGUGUAAGCGGAUUUAGAGCGGAGACCACGGAGGACGAGGCUGCGGCGGCGAACGAUGCCCACCCUGAGUGCUUAUGGUCUGCUGAAUGGAGGAGAGCUGCUCGCUGCCAGCUGUGUGCCAGGGUACCGCCGGCUAUCCCUGCACCUGUAUAUCCCGGCUGAAUUUUAGGACCAUGCCCUAAAUGAAGCUUUCAGCGGAAAUACAGUUUGAAACAUAACCCCUUACUUUUAACAAAUCCCCCCAACCUUUAAUUUAUUUUUUUCUUUUUGCAAUAUUUUUGGGUGAUUUAUAAUAUUAUUAUUCUUGAAAAUGUUGAUCCAAGUUCUAAAACCUUUUUCGUUGCAUUUAUGGACCUUUUUAGUUCUGGGGGGCUCCUGGAUUUUUCCUGGGGAUGGAUCCCCCAAGUCGUUUAGAACUUUUUCGGGAAGCGAAUGGAGCUUGACUCACCUGGUGGUGCACAAUAAAACUGGGGAAGUUUAUUUGGGAGCCGUCAACAGGAUUUUUAAACUUUCAAGCAACUUGACGCUCUUACGCAUCCACGUUACGGGACCUGUGGAUGACAAUGAAAAGUGUUACCCCCCACCUAGUGUUCAAUCUUGCCCUCAUGGCCUUGUCACGACUAAUAAUGUUAACAAGCUGCUGCUAGUGGACUACUCCAUGGACCGACUUAUAGCCUGUGGUAGUGCCUCCCAGGGCAUCUGCCAGUUCCUGCGUCUAGGUGACCUCUUCAAAUUGGGAGAACCCCACCAUCGUAAAGAGCACUACCUCUCCAGUGUCAAUGAAUCUGGCACUAUGUCCGGAGUAAUUAUCGAAGUUCCCAAUGGUCAGAACAAACUUUUUGUCGGAACGCCUAUUGACGGCAAGUCGGAAUACUUUCCUACUCUCUCCAGUCGGAAACUUUUGUCUAGUGAAGAGAACGCGGAGAUGUUUGGCUUUGUCUACCAGGACGAGUUUGUGUCUUCGCAGCUCAAAAUUCCCUCCGAUACCUUGUCCAAAUUUCCCACCUUUGAUAUAUACUAUGUAUACAGUUUCAACAGCGAGCAAUUCGUCUACUAUUUGACCCUACAGCUGGACACUCAGUUGACUUCCCCCGACUCUACCGGAGAACAGUUCUUUACGUCCAAGAUUGUCCGCCUUUGUGUCGAUGACCCCAAGUUCUAUUCUUAUGUGGAAUUCCCUAUAGGUUGCAUGAAGGAUGGUGUGGAGUAUCGCCUUAUACAGGAUGCCUACCUAAGUAAGCCUGGGAAACGGUUGGCCAAAGAAUUGGGCAUCUCGGAGAGAGAAGACAUUCUUUUCACAGUCUUCUCACAGGGGCAGAAAAAUAGAGUCAAACCGCCCAAAGAGUCUGUUCUCUGUCUCUUUACCUUGAAGAAGAUCAAGGACAAAAUUAAGGAACGUAUUCAGUCCUGCUACAGGGGUGAGGGGAAGCUGUCCCUGCCUUGGCUCUUAAACAAGGAGUUGGGUUGUAUCAACUCGCCCCUGCAGAUCGAUGACAAUUUCUGCGGUCAGGAUUUUAAUCAGCCUCUCGGAGGGACGGUCACCAUCGAAGGGAUGCCGCUUUUCGUGGAUAAGGAGGAUGGUAUGACAUCAGUGGCGGCCUACGACUACCGAGGACACACCGUGGUUUUCGCCGGUACUCGCAGCGGCAGGUUGAAGAAGAUUCUGGUCGACUUGUCUGGACCGUCCUCUCACAACACACAGCAGUACGAAAAUGUCCUGGUCCACGAGGGAAAUGCAAUCCUACGGGAUUUGGUGCUGAGCCCUGAUCGGCAGUUCAUCUAUGUGGUGACGGAGAAACAGGUCUCCCGUGUGCCGGUUGAGAGUUGUGAGCAGUACCAGAGCUGUGACACCUGCCUGGGCUCCCGGGACCCCCACUGCGGAUGGUGUGUGCUCCACAACACAUGUUCUCGAAAAGACAAGUGCGAGCGCGCCGACGAGCUGCACCGCUUCACGACUGACCAGCACCAGUGUGUCCAGCUGACCGUCCACCCCAAGAACAUUUCUGUCACCAUGUCUGAAGUUCCAAUGGUUCUCCAGGCCUGGAAUGUCCCUGACCUUUCUGCUGGGGUGAACUGCUCCUUCGAGGAUUUCACAGAGAUGGAAGGACACAUAGAAGGAGACAAGAUUUACUGCACGUCUCCCUCUGCCAAGGACAUCAUCCCCAUCACACGGGGCCAGGGGGACAAGAGAGUCGUUAAUCUUUACCUAAAGUCCAAAGAAACGGGGAAGAAGUUUGCAAGUGUCGACUUCGUCUUUUACAACUGCAGCGUCCACCAAUCCUGCCUUUCCUGUGUGAAUGGAUCCUACCCGUGCCACUGGUGCAAGUACCGCCACGUGUGCACCCACAACGCGGCCGACUGCUCCUUCCAGGAAGGCAGAGUGAACAUGUCAGAGGACUGCCCCCAGAUUCUACCUUCCACUCAGAUCUACAUUCCCGUCGGAGUGGUGAAGCCGAUCACACUGACCGCCAAGAACCUCCCCCAGCCGCAGUCCGGACAGCGCAAUUACGAGUGCAUCUUCCACAUCCCGGGGAGCGUGACGCGAGUCACUGCCCUGCGCUUUAACAGCACCAGCAUCCAGUGUCAGAACACCUCGUACAACUAUGAGGGCAAUGACAUCAGCGAUCUGCCCGUGAAUCUCUCUGUCGUCUGGAAUGGAAAUUUCGUCAUCGAUAACCCACAGAACAUACAAGCCCACCUCUACAAGUGUUCAGCCCUGCGGGAGAGUUGUGGACUCUGUUUGAAAUCUGAUCCUCAUUUUGAGUGUGGUUGGUGCGUGACCGAGAAGAAAUGCACCCUGCGCCAGAAUUGUCCGAUAUACGAAAGCCCAUGGAUGCACGUCAGUACUCCUCAGAGCCGCUGCACAGACCCCAAAAUCAUCAAGUUGUCUCCUGAGACCGGACCAAGACAAGGGGGAACGCGGCUGACCAUAACUGGAGAGAACCUGGGCCUGAGAUUCGAGGACAUCCGCUUUGGCGUGAGGGUCGGACAGGUCAUGUGUGUCCCGAUAGAGAACGAGUAUAUCAGCGCUGAGCAGAUUGUUUGUGAGAUUGGAGAAGCUAAAAUAAUGCCGCCACGCGAUGUCACUGUUGAGGUUUGCAUAAGAGACUGCUCUAAGGAGUACAUGACCACUGCACCAAAGUCCUUCUCAUUUGUGAGCCCACAUUUUUACCGAGUGACCCCAGGCCGUGGCCCGUUGUCUGGUGGCACAUGGAUAACCAUAGAGGGAAACAACCUGAAUGCCGGUAGCAAUGUGUCUGUAGACAUCGGAGGACGACCCUGCGCCUUUUCCUGGAGAACCGCCAAGGAAAUUCGCUGCAAAACUCCACAAGGGCAGACCCCGGCGAGCACUGAGAUCCAGAUCCACAUCAACCGGGCAGUACUACACAACACGAUGGUGAAAUACAACUACACCGAGGACCCUACAGUGCAGAAGAUGGAGCCAGAGUGGAGCAUCACCAGUGGGGGGACACCUCUCACAGUCACUGGAGUCAACCUGGCCACCAUCAAGGAGCCGAAAAUCCGCGUAAAAUAUGGUGAUGUGGAGCGAGAGAAUAACUGCACAGUCUACAAUGACACCACCAUGGUGUGCUUAGCCCCUUCCAUUGAAAACCCAUUGAGGUCCCCACCUGAGAACGGAGAUCGCCCAGAUGAGAUUGGUUUUAUCAUGGACAAUGUCCAAUCCCUGCUCGUUGUGAACACCACGACCUUCAUCUACUACCCAGACCCAAUUUUUGAGUCCUUGACUCUCUCAGGAAACCUGGAGCUGAAGCCGAGCUCUCCACUCAUCAUCAAGGGUCGGAACAUUCUUCCAUCCGUUCCUGGAAACUUCCGCUUGAACUACACAGUGUUAAUUGGCGACACCCCUUGUGCACUAACAGUCUCUGAGACACAACUCCUAUGCGAGUCUCCGAACCUCACCGGUCAACACAAAGUGACAAUCAAAGUUGGAGGGUUUGAGUUUUCACCUGGGAACCUGCAGAUCUAUUCCGAUAGUCUCCUGACCUUGCCAGCAAUCAUUGGCAUUGGCGGAGGUGGUGGGCUUCUGUUACUCAUCAUCAUCAUCGUCCUCAUCGCCUACAAGCGCAAGUCAAGAGAUGCAGAUCGUACCUUGAAGCGUCUCCAGCUGCAGAUGGACAAUCUGGAAUCCCGGGUGGCCUUGGAGUGCAAGGAAGCCUUCGCCGAGCUGCAGACGGACAUCCACGAGCUGACCAAUGACCUGGAUGGGGCCGGGAUCCCGUUCUUGGACUACCGCACGUACGCCAUGCGGGUUCUGUUCCCUGGCAUUGAAGACCACCCUGUACUGAAGGAGAUGGAGGUCCAAGCCAAUGUGGAGAAGGCUCUGAACCUCUUUGGGCAGCUCCUGAACAAGAAGCAUUUCCUUCUGACCUUUAUCCGCACCUUGGAAGCCCAACGCAGCUUCUCCAUGAGAGACAGAGGAAAUGUAGCCUCCCUGAUCAUGACCGGACUGCAGGGGGAGAUGGAGUAUGCCACCGGUGUCCUCAAACAACUUCUGUCUGACCUGAUAGAGAAGAAUCUGGAGAGCAAGAACCACCCUAAACUGCUGCUGAGAAGGACGGAGUCUGUAGCUGAGAAGAUGCUGACAAACUGGUUCACCUUUCUUCUAUACAAGUUCUUAAAGGAAUGUGCCGGCGAGCCGCUGUUCAUGCUCUACUGCGCCAUCAAGCAACAGAUGGAGAAGGGGCCGAUUGACGCCAUCACGGGAGAAGCCAGAUAUUCCCUGAGUGAAGACAAGCUCAUCCGCCAGCAGAUCGAAUACAAGAUGCUGAAUUCUUGUGCCGAUGACGGGCUGAGCGAUGAGUCAUGUUGCCGCUCGCCUCAAACGCUGAACUGUGUGAACCCCGAGAAUGAGAACGCCCCCGAAAUUCCGGUGAAGGUGCUGAACUGCGACACCAUAACCCAAGUGAAAGAGAAGCUGCUGGAUGCUGUGUACAAGGGGGUCCCCUAUUCCCAGAGACCCAAAGCGGGAGACAUGGACCUUGAGUGGCGCCAGGGUAGGAUGGCGAGAAUAAUCCUGCAAGACGAGGACGUGACAACCAAAAUAGACAACGACUGGAAACGCCUCAACACCCUGGCUCACUACCAGGUUACUGACGGAUCUUCGGUCGCGCUGGUGCCCAAACAGAACUCCGCCUACAACAUCUCCAACUCGUCUACGUUUACAAAGUCUCUGAGUAGAUACGAGAGCAUGCUGCGGACGGCGUCCAGCCCUGACAGCCUGCGCUCCCGCACGCCAAUGAUCACCCCCGACCUGGAGAGCGGCACCAAACUCUGGCACCUGGUGAAGAACCACGACCAUCUGGACCAGCGAGAGGGAGACCGGGGGAGCAAGAUGGUGUCUGAGAUCUACCUGACCAGGUUGUUGGCCACCAAGGGCACGCUGCAGAAGUUCGUGGACGAUUUAUUUGAGACCAUCUUCAGCACCGCCCACCGCGGCAGCGCGCUGCCUCUCGCCAUCAAGUACAUGUUUGACUUCCUGGACGAGCAGGCGGAUAAGCACCAAAUCACAGACUACGACGUGCGGCAUACAUGGAAGAGCAACUGUUUACCCCUGAGGUUCUGGGUGAACGUGAUCAAGAACCCUCAGUUCGUCUUCGACAUUCACAAGAACAGCAUCACGGACGCCUGCCUGUCGGUGGUGGCGCAGACAUUCAUGGACUCUUGUUCUACGUCAGAGCACAAAUUGGGCAAAGAUUCCCCCAGUAACAAGCUGCUGUACGCCAAGGACAUCCCCAACUACAAGAGCUGGGUGGAGAGGUAUUACACAGACAUCGCCAAAAUGCCGGUAAUCAGUGACCAGGAUAUGAGCGCCUACCUGGCCGAACAGUCCCGGUUACAUCUCAGUCAGUUCAACAGCAUGAGCGCCCUGCACGAAAUCUACUCCUACAUCACCAAGUACAGGGAUGAGAUCUUAACUGCGCUGGAAAAGGAUGAACAAGCGAGAAGACAACGGCUACGAAGUAAAUUGGAACAAGUCAUCGACACAAUGUCGCUCAGCAGUUGAAGUCUAUGGGGGUCUGUGCGAGAACGGUCUCCUAGCAGUGGCUACUGAGUGAGAGAGAGACGGAGGGGAGCACUAUGAACUGACCACACUCCAACUCAUGUGGCCUUCGAAAUCCACGAGCUGCAGAACUGGACUGGAACUUUCUUGAAAAAAAAUAAAAUUAAAAUCUUUGUACAUAAAGACUCUAGAGACCAUUUCAAAGAACAGCAUAGAAACCUUUAUAAAUGGAUACAAAAAAAAAUUUAAGGGACUCCAAAAAUUUCAAUACAAAUUAAACUAUAGAUUUAAGACAAUGAGAGCUGCCUGCGUGUUCCGAGGGGGGAGAGGAACAUCCGUCGGCCAUGGAAAAGACGUGACCCAAUGGGCGGAGACAAAAAAAAGAAAAGCCUUUCCUUUGGCUGCCUACAUUUCUAGGUCAAAGAAACAAAAAAAAAUGUCCUCUCUUUGGCUUUCGGUCACUAGUGUUACUGCUACAUUUGCACAAUUUAACAAAAUUCCGGGGUUUUUAAAGAAAUUAUGAAAAAAAUAUACAAAAAAAAUGAUCGAAGAAAAACAAUCUGAUAAAGGAAUGUGUUUGUGUUCUCAGACAAUAAUAAGGUCACAGAAUCCCACAAAUCCCGCCCCCGCGGAACGGAGAAGUAAACCAGAACCUUUGAUAUUUUUCUAGACUAUAUUCUGUGCCAUGUUCAUUUCAAUGUUGUUUUAGUGAAUACAAAAAAAGCAAAAAAAAGUUGUUUUUUUUAAAAGAAGAAUGGGGGGGAGGGAGGGUUCAAGAUAGAAAGUGACAGAGGUGGGAAAUCAGUUCUCUUCCUUGAUCCCAUGUAUCUUAUUUAGGAAUGAAUUGUGAUUUAUUUUUAUUUUUUUUAAUUUUCAGAAAUAUUGUUGGAAAUGUUUGACAUCAAAUGGCUGCAGAAAGCACAGAGAUUCACAAAAUGAAUGUACAUAUAUAUGGUCUUGGUUGGCAGAGCUUACCCACAAUGCUUUGCUGCAUUAGAUAAUUAUGUGGGCAUUAAUAUAUAUAUAAAUAUA